UCAAAGACAUUUUAAACGAAAAACUGCAGUUUACUUCUCUUUCUACAUUCUUAGGAAGCAUAUUUGACUAUAUUAUAUUUGUAGCAGAGAAAGGUCCACUUUCAGCAAGAAAAUACAAACACAAUUAAUUAGGCACUAACACAUAUUUCUAGCAAUUAACUCUAUAUAAUGCAACCUGACAUAACAGACAUCAAAAUACAAAUUAAUUAUUUCAGCUUCAACACGGUAACAGUGUAAAUAAGCUAUCAUCAAUUUUCAAAAUUUUAGCUCUUUAGUGAAUCCAGUUUUGAUCAAAUGCUAUGAUGCAUCACACCUUAACAGUCCUGCUUACUUAUGUAGAUUAGUUCCUCUUCUUAAAUUGCCUUAACCAGAGGUAAGGUUUUAUAAACAACACAAAUGGACAUCACUUUCUGUGAACUUUGUUAUACUGAUUCACUAAAAAGAACUAAUCUGCUCUAAAAACAUACAAAGAAACAAAUUAGGCAUGACAAAGAAAUGUUUUAGUUCUAAACAGGUGGGAUUAGAAGGAUUAUAGAAAAGGUCACUCCUUAAUAUGAGUCAUUUUAAAAGAAUGACCUCAUCAGCCAUUGAAGUAGUCUCCAUUCAACCUGUAAAAUAUAUAAAGUGCACCAUUCUAGAAAUGGAAAACGUAAUUAUUUACCACUGGAAAAGCUUUCUCAGAAUUUGAGAAGUGCCGAACUUCUACGCAAGCAUUAAAUAACUAAAAAAUGUGCAUAUCAUCAUAUAUCCUAAUUCUCUCCCUUCUCCCUCUUUUUUCUCAAGGUUUUCUACUCUCAAAACCUCUGCAAGAGUUUGAAGAUGAAGAUAUGUUGCUAGCUACAUUAAAUCUGGGAAAAAAUCUACAAAAUGGAGAUAAAAUUAUGAACAGGGGAGCUAUACCUUUGCUGAAGCACUACAAGACUGAAGACAACAGUGUUUUCAAUGAUAAGAAUGCUGGAAACAUGAAGUUUUUGGACAGAGGUUCCAGACAUGAUUUCUUCAAUCACGUUAUGCCAAUCAACUUGGGUAGAAAGCAACUACCUUAUCCUGCACUGAUGGGUGCUGUGGGUUUUCCAGCUGACACUGAAAUACAAAAUACUGAGUCAAUACAGGAAAGAGAGACCACAGAUGAAGAAAAUUCAGCUAAAUUCCCUAUAGGAAGAAGGGAUUUUGACAGUAAAUAUUUUAUUUUUAUACAAAAAAAUAUUUCAUUCUGGUAA